CACACCAUGCGCUUGGCUAUGGAGGAAUUUUUAAAGACGUUGGUUGUUUGAUUUUCCGCUCAAACUCGUUUCGACUCCUAGUGCGUAAAUGCUGCCUUAUAUCCGUAUAUGUAUACUGUAGAUAUUGAUAGAGCAAAUGGCUCUGCAGAUAACGGUGAACGGAAAAUUCGGGGCCAACUUGAGGAAGCCCAUAAGUCGACUAGAUGACCCAGAGCGGGUACGCAAAGAUCUCGAGAGCGAGCGUCGCAUAACUCGUUUGCAGCAGGUGCGUGAGAAGUCCAACCACCUGGCACGCAAGAUACGCGAGGAUGUGGCGGCCGAAAAAAAGCGUCAAAUCGACAAACUGGAGCAGGUCAAACAAAAGGAGUUAAACGCGUGGCGUGAGCAUGUUUUGGUCAAAAAGCACCAGGACUACCGCUCGGCCGUUUUUCAAGUGGGCGCCGCCCACCGCGCGGCAAGGGAGGAAAACCUGCGUAUCGAGCAGCAGCGACAGGAGAAAGACGAGAAAAUUCAGAGGUGCCGCAAGCAGGCCUUGAAAAGAUCGGGAAAAGCGUCUGUGGAGCUGCGAGCCACAAACGGAAUGAAUCUUAAUGUCGAGGGGCGCGCAACAGCGGGCACACAGACGCCCAUGAUGGAGGACAAAGAGAAUCGGCUGGCCAGUGGCUGCCACAAACCUAGCUGCAAAGGCAAACGCAAAAGGAAAACCAGCUGUGGUUGCGCCACCACCGAGGAGGAGGAUUCCUCCCAGGACGACUCUUCAAUCCUGCUGAGCCAGAGUCCAGUCAGCAAUCGCCGUCUUCAGAAGACUCCUCCCAUAAUCCUAGACGUGGAGAUCGAUGACACGAUCUCCGAAACUACAAACAACCCCGAAGGUUUGGAAAUCAACGAUAGAUUCAUCCAAACCAACCGCAAAUUCAGCCAUGUGGUAAGACCGAGUGAGGAUGAAGGCCAGCGCCGGCCAAGAUUCACCCAGAUCAGCGAUCUGGUGAGGAGAACCGAGACAACUACAACUAUUCGAACUGAGCCAGGACAGAGAAACGCUCCAGAUCAAAACCCAUCUCCAUCUGCGCCCCCUAGUCCCACUAAAUCUCUUCCACGAUCGCCCAAGAAAACUUCAGAGCGCGUUGAGGCAGCUGCCCCUGUAGCUGCCAAAAAAUCAAACAACAAAGCCGCCACUGGAUCACCCAAGAAAUCGGUCACAACUUCACGCCAGCAACAGACGGCCAAGCGAACAGGUUUGAAAUCCAAUCCAGCUCCCGCCAAAGUUAUAGAUGCGGGAAUUCGACGUGGUCAGAAGGGCAAGGCUCCAGCUACGCUGCCAAUAAUUACUACCAUACAGGAGCCAUCAGAACAGGAACCUCCUCGAAAUCUUCAACCCAUUCCAGAGCAGAACAUGCCAUCCAUGUCGAAUCCUCCGAUGCAACACUGCUUUCCUCCGCCGCAGGCUCAGCCCUAUAUGCAUCCCUAUACGCAACAACCGAUGCAGCCAUAUGCGAUGCCAUAUUCGAUGCCGUUUCCCAUGCAAAACCAGUAUCCACAGCCGCAUAUGAUGUAUGCCCCCCAGCAAAUGAUGCCUGUUCAGCCAGCUGUUCAUGUGCCCGCUGUUACUGCUCCGCCAAGCACUGCCACCCACUCCACCGUUUCCACCUCCACUUUUGUCAUGUCGUCGCGACAGGAUCCAAAGACAACUCAAUCCGGACGCGUUCAGUUCUACGAUCAUGGCAAUAAAUACCAUCGAACUUAUGAUGCACCAUCGGAAUCUGUGCAAUGCAAUGAAAAGGAUGCCACCCAACUAACCGCCAUGGAUCAUGCCCGUAUCGAGAACCAGCUGAGGGAACUGCGGGAACAUGAACUGGACAAACUUAGGAAAAUUAGCAACGAUCGGGGACAGAAGGCUUUGGAACGUGAGCAAGUGCGUCGGGAUUGUGCUGAGUUGACCGAGAAGCUUGAUGCCUUAACCCAACAGCAACCACAACUAUUGCCCAGCGAUGCUAAUAUCAUACCGAGCCAUCGGUUCGCGGAUGUGGCUGCCAGACGAGAGCAAAAAAUGAACGAGGCCAUGGAACAGAUGCUGCUUCGUCCGGCGAUAAUCACUUGCCCAGAGGUACGGACCCAACCUUCAAGCACGACGAGAAGCAAAUCCAAUGUUCCAACGGCUGUAAAUGUAGGCGAACCACCUGUUCAAAUGGGUCGAGAUAAUCUGGGCAGCACCGAGAGUUGCUGCUCCAUCCUCCUCCACUAUGUGGAUGACCAGAGCAAGCAGCUGAGGUCGGACCUGAAGGCCGAGCAGUCCAAUUCCCUGAAAUCCAUAAGGUUGCGCAAUUUGCUAGACCGCAUCGAAAAAAUCCGAGGCCAACUGUUGGAGGAGCUGAAGGCGGGUGAGAGUGUGGGAUCGAAGGGUGACAAUGCCCAGGAAAUGAUCAAUACGAUACGACAGGAGCGGGCGGACAUAUUGUCGGAACGAACGAAGACGCUUAACGAACGAGAAUCAGAUCUGCAGCAGAAGGAAGCUAUUUUAGAGCAGCGUUUGAGGAAGUUUUACAAAGAGACGAAGAGUAAAAAAUCCAGUGAAGGAGAUCAGGCCAAAUCUUCCGCAAAGGAAGACGGGCCAUUGGAGAUCAUCAUCAAAGUAAAAAGCGACGGAACUGUGAAGCAAUAUGUGCCGAGGGGUAAAUCCAAAGCCAAAACAAAAGCGGGAACCAUCGAAAGUGAGAAAGAAGUGUCCCCGGGCACAACGGAAAGCACGCCCAGAGAAGAGCCACAAAAGCAGCCAGAAAAGGCAAACGGGAAGCGACCCUUGCCAGAAGACCAGCGUCAGAAUUCGAUAGAUUCCAACUCCACCGCCUAUCGCAGUCUGCCUCCAGUGAGCUACAGGAGUUUCAAUCCGGGAACGAAUUCCAUGCCAUCUCCUCCGGCGGCUCCUGCUCCUGCGCCACUUCAUCCCCUCGUUGCCCAGUACAUUAAUCGCUUGCUAGGCAUGACCCGCCAAAACGUAGAUGAAAUGGGCGUGAGUUCUUCGUAUGUGGCCACACCCUCAACUUCGAUCAUCAACUCAUCGAGAAACAUAUCCCCUUGCGUCGAUGCUGAAACGGAAGGAACUCAACGGGACCAGGAUGACGAAACUGUGGUAAAUGAACAGCGCAUGGAACAGGUACAUACCUUUAUCGCCGAUAAUCGCACCUUUAUCAACGAUUUGGAAGAAUCCAUACGCUGUCAACAGCAAUUGCAGAAAGACCAGCAGGACAAAGAGAAAAGUCUGCAGGCAUUGGAUCAGAUAUGGAACAAGCGAUUGGCCAAGAAUUUUGAAGAUUGUCAGUCGAAUAAUAAAGGAUGGGAGCAGAGGACGGAAAAGAUGUCGGCACGGGGAGAAAGAAAAAAUGUUCAGGGUCAGCGGGAAAGGGAAAAGGGCCCAACUCAAGGUGAAAAGGACAGAAUUCUUGAAUUUGAAAAUAGGGAAAGACAGCAGCAAAGCAGCGGUCAUCAGCGGAACUCCGCGCAACAGCGUAAAGGCACAAAAGAGAGUCCUGGCGGAAUAUCCUUAAGCUUACCAACCGAUGUGCCCAGUGGCAAAAGCACAUCACGCUUUGUGGCUGAAAAAACGAAGUCACAAUCUACCAGCGAGGACUCACCUGCCCGUCAUAUGGAGCGCUACGCUCAGGUCACGGAAAAUUGCACUAAGCGCAUUGCCGAGCUCACGGAUCUCAUCACCAAGGUGCGCGAGGAAAAGCAGCGACUGGUGGAGGUCACACUUACAUCGAACAGCGAUGGCGAGCGCCAAUCCACCGAGUAUUUUGACCUCCCAACAGGACAGCAGCAAACCAGAUGCAGGACUUUGUCUGAUCGCAGCGAUUCCCAAACACCAUCGACCUCGGAAGCGUUGCCAUUGCAGAAGAAUAAACCCACAGCAGCUAGCAGGGAUAGUGGCAUCGCUGACUCGCGUCCAAUUACGGCCCAGGGGCAAGUGAAUGUGGAUGUGGAACCUAUUUCACUUGGCUCCUCGACGCAGAGCAACACAGCGCGUGGCCGAAUGAAGGCUCCUCCGGCCACCAUCCGACGCUACAGUCCCCAGCUAAAUGCCGAGGACUUGGCCCACGAGCUGUCCACCAUCACGGAAGUGGAAACGCCGGGACAGUCGCACAUUGUGGCCGCCACUCCGGCGCCCAAGCCGUUUCCCAGCUUCGAUCAGUAUGCCAGGGAAUUGCAGUUGGAUCUGGCGCGGAUGGAUGCGGAUCAGAGUCAGCGACUGCAGAGUGAAUUCAACGAACUGGUCCACGUUAUUAAUCAGCGAACUGGAGGAUCCGACUACCGUGAGUUUCCUAGCAUAAAUGCCUAUCUUCAUAACAUGACCAGCACCCGAAUCCACCUGGAGAUAGGUCAGGAUCACGAGCAGGCCACUGUGUCACCGGCAGAGUUGAUGCGUCAGCUGCGGGUGGUCAAUGAUAAUAUGCAGGAUUUCCCCAGGCGCAGAGAGUAUUUGGAGAAACUGCUGGCCAAGCAACCAGCCGAUCAGAGGGAACUGAUAGACAGUGCCAGUAUCGAGCAGGAUUCAUCAGAUUCGCUUAACGUAGAAGAAGAACUGCGUCAGAGAAAUAUAUUGCAGAGCUCGUUUCGUCGGCGUAAUGCGACAGACACUACAUUGAUGGGUCAGCAGGAGGUGGCCAGCAGUACGAGGCGGGAAAGCGUGGCCCCGCAAACCAACGAUCAACCCAACGAGAGUGGAAUUGAUCCUCUGUCGGGCAGCAACUUUUCCAGCGAUGCGGAGCAGAGAGGUCCAUGCUGGCAUGCCACAAUGCAUCAGCGGCAACAGCAGGCAGAUGAAUUGUGCAGCAGUACCACUACUUCAUCGCCGGAAAGGCAUCCCCGGCGAUCCAGGUUGCGGGGCGGUGAGAAUCACAGCCACAGGUCCAAGGACGACUCUAGAUUGCAGGAUGCAAGUCAGAUUGGGAGAACCUUGAACCUAAGAGAAUUUCUGACCCGGGAGCUUCUGAAACAUCGAGUGAAUGCCGGCGAAACUUCAGAGAGUUCAGAUGAAUCCCUGAGGGGACAUUUCCUCAAGUCUGUCCUCCAUUCAUUCUCGCCCAGCAGCAAUACCCAAACAGUUGGCGUGGGACUCAGCCAUGCGACCGGAGCAACCAACGACAGGCAAAAGACCUCCACUCCUGUGGGAUCAUUCCUUUCCAUUCCAGACAAGUCCGGAUCGGUUCACAGCAUCGGCUCCCAGCUUUUCUCCGGUGAGAGUCACAUUUCACUGGUGCACUAUCCGGAUGGCACUCCCCCCGUUCCCUAUGAACAACAAAGUAAACAGAGUACAAAUCAGACUCGCCAGUUCUCAGGUCAAAUAUCAGGCGUAAAAUCAUCCCAUCGAAGAUCACCUCGAAAGUAAUGGCAUGUUCAAUUAAUUUCUUUGGGUUUUAAUAUGACUCUUAUGACAAUUAUUUAUAUUUUAAUAACUGCAAUUAUGAAUCCAAAACAUGACUAAACAAUCGCACCCACUUUGCUCACUAUAUCUGUUAGAUUUUAAAUUGUAUAAUUUAAUUGUAUUAGACAUUUUUAUAUUUUAAUAAACUCGGCAAAUAUUUA